GUUGACAGACGCUUUAUCAAUCAAGCACCUGUCGAUUUCGAACAACAACAACAACCGGAACGACGAAAUAUUGUUUUAUCUAAUCAUGGACGAUGAAAAAGACGCAGAAACUCAAAAAGAUGAAGAACCCUUAUUAUCACACUUUUAUUGCUUAUUUUUGCACAACAGUGCAGAAUUGAUAAUAAAGAAAACAAAUUUAGACAAUGAAAAAAGCCAGAAGCUGAAGAACCUUCUGGAACAACGAUUGGAGAAAGGCCAAGUGCAUUCAGGAAUUGGAGCUGUACUUCCAUCUGAAAAUGGAGACAAAAGUGGUUGCUACUACAACAGUUUUGAAAGUUCUGGCCAAACUUCAUCAUCAAAAUAUAUUAUAUGUUUAUUGACAGAGGUUGAGCAAACUUUGGACCUAUUCCGGACAGACAUUGACAGACUUUGUUUGGAGCUUAAACCUAGCAUUCAAGCAAUGAAUCCAGAAGGUGAUGUACCAGAUGAUAUCGGGGCUUCCCUCCAAAAUUGGCAUUCAAUUGCAGUGGACUAUAUGGUGCGGUGUAAUCUAGCCCUAGGUGACAACUUGAAGUACCUGGUGUAUGCUGCUCUCAUGGAUCACAAGUUGCAAGUUUCUGGGGGCACAGAGGAAUUGCAGACAGACAUUAAGAGGUUUUAUGCCGCUUGCAGCAUGUCAGACAUACUAAGCCAACUCAGAGAAUCACGGGCAACGCAGGCUGACCACUCCCCAAUGGGCAGCAUUGACAUGCUGACCGAUCUGAACACGACGCAGGCUGAAAGCCAAGCAGCACUGACUGUCAGCAUCACCGAGGACUCCAUCAAACUCGACUCCAGUGAUUGUAACCUGUUUUGUGAAGAAUGGGCCGGCAAACUAGCAAAGGCAGAGUACAGAGAAAAUGCACUGAGGUUGAAACAGAUCAUUGACUUGUUGAAGUUGAAGUUCAUCCAGACCAUGAAUGUGCUGAAAAGACUGCUUAGAGAUGCCGAGAAGGACUUCUACACUCUCUAUAGGACCUUCUUAUUUCUUCGGGAUUCUGGAAACAAUGAAAUUCUGCUGCACUACGUUUCCACGGAGGGCUCAUCAGAAACCGCCAAGGUCUUAGUGGUGCUUCGAGACUUCAUACAAGAGCAAACUGUGCAAUAAGGCAAACAGCCAUAUUGAUCGAUCAUACAAGAAAAAACUGUGCAAUAAGGCAAACAGCUAUAUUGAUCGAUCAUAGAAGAGCAAACCGUGCAAUAAGGCAAACAUCUGUAUUGAUCAAUAAAAUGGGAGUCGAUGAACAAAAAUUAUAUUAUAUAUUAUACAUGACAUUCCUUUGUACAUGAUUUUAAGCUUUCCCUGCUAAGAAGCAAAGUGAACUUGGCUAUAUGCAACCAGCAUAAAACCAGCAUAAAACCAGAACAGCAUGCCAUUAACUUGCAGGCAGUUCAGGCUUUAUGCUGUUUGCUGCACAUCAGAAUCUGAGGUUUGCAAAUGAAGGCUUUUGAACAUAAUCUAGUAAGAAAGGUCUUACAUUAAUUUGAUUUUCUAAGGCAACAAAGGCGUUAAAGUGUAUAUCCGAGUUGUAAAGGGUUAAACUAAUUAAAUAUAUGUACAUUUUAUUGUAUGCUAAAAAAAUUUGUUAUUUUCCCGUCUGCUGUCAUUAACUGUUGUACGUUUGUCGAUUUGUGUGUUAUAAUUAUUAAGUACUGAAUACAAAGGUUGUAAUGUAUAGGAAGUUUGAGUGCAAUAUAUAACCUGUUCAUAUUUGUUAAUAUGGUUGUGAUUACUGUUAUCAAUUAUAAAUCAAUGGCCUAUU